UCGCACACACCCACUGGGUCACUGCAGGGGGGCGUGGCAGGAAGAGUCUCUGAAGUGAGAGGUCUGUCACACCCCCUGACCCCUUGGGUCCCUGCCCCCUUGGGUGCCUGCCCCAUCUCCCCAGCCUCCCAGCCUGUGACCGUCACAUCGAGCUCAGCCUGCCUCUCUCAUAAAGACGACCGCCUGCCCUAACCCCUGGCCACGCUGCCCCACAAGGCGUGUGCUAUGAACAUGGGGUUUCCCGGGUGCCUCCUGCUCCCAGCUGGGCACCCCCUUGGCAGGAGCUCAGCUGCCUGCGCUGGAGCCGGGAAGACAAAGAUCCCCAUCCUCCUGGUCUGGCUUUGGGCUUCCAUGACAGGAUUCCCCAUGACAGACUCAGACAUCCCAGAACUAACUCAGCUCCGACUGGUGAACAGCCUGAAUCGCUGCGCUGGGAGAGUCGAGGUGCUUCACAACCAGCAGUGGGGAACCGUGUGUGAUGACGGCUGGGACAUAACCGAUGCUGGAGUCGUAUGCAAGCAGCUGGGCUGUGGGACGGCGUUAUCAGCCCCACGAGGGGCUCGAUUUGGGCGAGGGUCAGACCGUGUCUGGCUGGAUGAGGUCAACUGUGCAGGGACAGAAGCUGCCCUCUCCGAUUGCAAGACUCGGCCUUGGGGAGACAAUGACUGUACCCACAAAGAAGAUGCCGGUGUUGUGUGCUCAGAUUCUGGCAUCUCAGAAGUGGCUCAGAUCCGACUGGUGAAUGGUUCGAGUCGCUGCGCUGGGAGGGUCGAGGUGCUUCCCAACCAGCAGUGGGGAACCGUGUGUGAUGACAACUGGGACUUACAGGAUGCCGGAGUCGUAUGCAGACAGCUUGGCUGUGGGACGGCAUUAUCAGCCCCAGGAGGAGCUCGAUUUGGGCGAGGGUCAGACCAUAUCUGGCUGGAUGAAGUUCACUGCGCAGGGACAGAAGUUGCCCUCUCCGAUUGCAGGGCUGAGCCUUGGGGAGCCAGUAACUGUGACCACGGAGAAGAUGCCGGUGUUGUGUGCUCAGACGCUGGCAUCUCAGAAGUGGCUCAGAUCCGUCUUGUGAACAGCAGGAGUCACUGCGCUGGGAGGGUCGAGGUGCUUCACAACCAGCAGUGGGGAACCGUGUGUGAUGACAACUGGGACUUACAGGAUGCCGGAGUCGUAUGCAGGCAGCUGGGCUGUGGGACGGCGUUAUCAGCCCCAAGAGGGGCUCGAUUUGGGCAAGGAUCUGACCGUAUCUGGCUGGAUGAAGUCAACUGCACAGGGACAGAAGUUGCCCUCUCCGACUGCAGAGCUCGGCCUUGGGGAGAGAAUAACUGUAACCACAGAGAAGAUGCCGGUGUUGUGUGCUCAGGUACCUCCUCAGACGUGAGGCUGGUAGGUGGCCCCCACCGCUGCGCCGGGCGGGUGGAGGUGCGUCUGGACGGGCGCUGGGGCACUGUGUGUGACGACGGCUGGGGCCUGAGCGACGUGGCCGUGGUGUGCAGGCAGCUGGACUGUGGGACGGCCAUGGAAGCGCUGAGUGGUAAAGUGUUCGGCCCGGGCAACGAGUCAGACCCUGUCCUGAUGACGAAUGUGGAGUGCCAGGGGACAGAGGCAGCGCUGGGGAGUUGCCCUUACACGGAUCCAGAAGACCUCUGCCAGCAUGAUGAGGACGCAGGGGCCCGUUGCCAAGACGCUGGCAUCUCAGAAGUGGCUCAGAUCCGACUGGCGAACGGCCCGAGUCGCUGCGCUGGGAGGGUCGAGGUGCUUCACAACCAGCAGUGGGGAACCGUGUGUGAUGACGGCUGGGACUUACAGGAUGCCGGCGUCGUGUGCAGGCAGCUGGGCUGUGGGACGGCAUUAUCAGCCCCAGGAGGAGCUCGAUUUGGGCGAGGAUCUGACCGUAUCUGGCUGGAUGAUGUCAACUGCACAGGGACAGAAGCUGCCCUCUCUGAUUGCCGGGCUCGGCCUUGGGGAGUGAAUAACUGUACCCACGGAGAAGAUGCCGGUGUUGUGUGCUCAGGUGCCUCCUCAGACGUGAGGCUGAUAGGUGGCCCCCACCGCUGCGCCGGGCGGGUGGAGGUGCGUCUGGACGGGCGCUGGGGCACCGUGUGUGACGACGGCUGGGACCUGGGUGACGUGGCUGUGGUGUGCAGGCAACUGGGCUGCGGGAAGGCCAUGGAAGCGCUGAGUGGUAAAGUGUUCGGCCCGGGCAACGAGUCAGACCCUGUCCUGAUGCUGAACGUGCAGUGCCAGGGGACAGAGGCGGCGCUGGGGAGCUGCCCGUACAUGGAUCCAGGGGACCACUGCCAGCAUGAUGAGGACGCAGGGGCCCGUUGCCAAGACGCUGGCAUCUCAGAAGUGGCUCAGCUCCGACUGGUGAACAGCAGGAGUCGCUGCGCUGGGAGGGUCGAGGUGCUUCACAACCAGCAGUGGGGAACCGUGUGUGACGACGGCUGGGACUUACAGGAUGCCGGAGUCAUAUGCAGACAGCUGGGCUGUGGGACGGCGUUAUCAGCCCCAAGAGGGGCUCGAUUUGGGCGAGGGUCUGACCGUAUCUGGCUGAAUAAUGUGAACUGCGCAGGGACAGAAGUUGCCCUCUCCGACUGCAGGAUUUGGCUUGGGGGAAAGAAUAACUGUAACCACGGAGAAGAUGCCGGUGUUGUGUGCUCAGACUCAGACAUCUCAGAACCGGCUCAGCUCCGACUGGUGAACAGCAGGAGUCGCUGCGCUGGGAGGGUGGAGGUGCUUCACAACCAGCAGUGGGGAACCGUGUGUGAUGACAGCUGGGACAUACAGGAUGCUCUAGUCGUAUGCAGGCAGCUGGGCUGUGGGACGGCGUUAUCAGCCCCAGGAAGGGCUCGAUUUGGGCGAGGAUCUGACCGUAUCUGGCUGGAUAACGUCAACUGCACAGGGACAGAAGCUGCCCUCUCCGAUUGCAGGGCUCAGCCUUGGGGAGUCAAUAACUGUAACCAUGGAGAAGAUGCCGGUGUUGUGUGCUCAGACGCUGGCAUCUCAGAAGUGGCUCAGAUCCGACUGGCAAACGGCCCGAAUCACUGUGCUGGGAGGGUCGAGGUGCUUCACAACCAGCAGUGGGGAACCGUGUGUGAUGACAGCUGGGACUUACAGGAUGCCGGAGUCGUGUGCAGGCAGCUGGGCUGUGGGACAGCGUUAUCAGCCCUGGGAGGGGCUCGAUUUGGGCGAGGAUCUGACCGUAUCUGGCUGGCUAACGUCAACUGCAGAGGGACAGAAGUUGCCCUCUCCGAUUGCAGGACUCGGCCUUGGGGAGACAAUAACUGUACCCACGGAGAAGAUGCCGGUGUUGUGUGCACAGACGUGAGGCUGGUCGGUGGCCCCCACCGCUGCGCCGGGCGGGUGGAGGUGCGUCUGGACGGGCGCUGGGGCACCGUGUGUGAUGACGGCUGGGACCUGGGCGACGUGGCCGUGGUGUGCAGGCAGCUGGGCUGUGGGCCGGCCAUGGAAGCACUGAGUCGUAAAGUGUUCGGCCCGGGCAACGAGUCAGACCCUGUCCUGAUGAUGGACGUGCAGUGCCAGGGGACAGAGGCGGCGCUGGGGAGCUGCCCGUACAUGGAUCCAGGGGACUUCUGCCAGCAUGAUGAGGACGCAGGGGCCCGUUGCAAAGCUGCCGACAUGAGAGUCUCCUCCUCCUCCUCAGCCACUGGGAUCCCCCCGCACAGCCCCGGAACAGGCCUCCCAGCUGCUGGGUUUGCUUUGCCAGACGUGAGGCUGGUAGGUGGCCCCCACCGCUGUGCCGGGCGGGUGGAGGUGCGUCUGGACGGGCUCUGGGGCACCGUGUGUGACGACGGCUGGGGCCUGAGCGACGUGGCCGUGGUGUGCAGGCAGUUGGGCUGUGGGCCAGCCAUGGAAGCGCUGAGUGGUAAAGUGUUCGGCCCAGGCCCCAAGUCGGAGCCUGUCCUGAUGAUGGACGUGCAGUGCCAGGGGACAGAGGCGGCGCUGGGGAGCUGCCAGUACAUGGAUCCAGGGGACCUCUGCCAGCAUGAUGAGGACGCAGGGGCCCGUUGCCAAGGUGCCUCCUCAGACGUGAGGCUGGUAGAUGGCCCCCACCGCUGUGCCGGGCGGGUGGAGGUGCGUCUGGACGGGCGCUGGGGCACCGUGUGUGACGACGGCUGGGACAUCAGCGACGUGGCCGUGGUGUGCAGGCAGUUGGGCUGUGGGCCGGCCAUGGAAGCGCUGAGUGGUAAAGGGUUCCGCCCGGGCGUCAAGUCAGACCCUGUCCUGAUGAGGAACGUUCAGUGCCAGGGGACAGAGGCCGUGCUGGGGAGCUGCCCGAACACGGAUCCAGGGGACCUCUGCCAGCAUGAUAAGGAUGCUGGAGCCCGUUGCAAAGAGCCCUUCGCACUGCGGCUGGCGGAUGGCCCAGGCAAGUGCUCCGGGCGGCUAGAGGUGCGGUAUGAUGGGCUGUGGGGCACCGUGUGUGACAGCGACUGGUCGGACACCAACGCCCAAGUGGUCUGCCGGGAGCUGCGCUGUGGCCAAGCCAAGCCACUGGCCCCAAAGCUGCAGGAUUGGCCCCGCUUUCGCCAGGGUACGGGGAAAAUCUGGCUGGACAACAUCCGCUGCAAAGGCACCGAGGAGACCCUACAGAACUGUGCCCACCACUUCUGGGGCUACCACAACUGCACCCACCAGAAGGACAUCAGCGUGAUCUGCCAGGACAACUGAGUCGGCCACAGCUCCUCCACAGCUUCCCAUUGAUUCCCCCCGUCCCCGAGCUUUCAGUGCAUCCCCCAUGCCGCCAGGCCCUUCCUCUCUGCUGCCAGGCUCCCCGGCUCUGUCCGCCCAGCCUGGGGAUGGCUGUCGGCUGUGCAGGGGCAUGGCUUGGUGAGUGCCCGGGGGGAUUCCCAUUUCAGGGAUGAACGCAGGCGCCCAGGGCAUUCCCCUCCCACUGUGAGCCACUCUCUGUGGGCUGCAGCACAAAGUUGACACGGACUGGGGCUCACAUCUCAGUAGCAGUGGGGCAGCUCGCCCUGGCAGGCUCCACUCGGAGCACGGGUCUCCUGGCCAUUGCUCCAACUGCGGCCAAGGGAGCCGUCCCUGAUAAACCCCGCCAUUGCCAGGGUGGGGCUGCACCCCCCCUUCGGGGGCCAGGACACACGACUGUCUCUCCCGGAUGGGGUCUGUGCUGCAUGGAGAGGCAGGAGCUGGGAGGGGGAGAGCCCCGUGUGCCACACGCCAUCCCAAGCUGAGCAGAUGCGAAUAAAGAGCUGAAUCCGCUGGA